AUGGCCGCACCAUUGAGCAAGUUUGAACUUUGGAAAAGUAGCAGACCGAUUGCUCCCACGUUUUCUGACCCGCUCGAACAUCGGGCGUUCCUGAAAUUCCGCUUGGCUCAAGCAUAUCGUAUCUUUGGAAAGUACGGUUAUGAUGAAGGCGUCGCUGGACAUAUCACUGUCCGGGACCCGAUCAGACCAGAUUGUUACUGGGUCAACCCCUGGGGCGUUCACUUCAAGCUCAUACAGCCUGAGGAUCUCCUUCUAGUAGACCACGGAGGGAAGAUACAAGAAAAUGAAUCUGGACCUUCCCGGUUCCUCAAUCGGGCCGCGUACAUGAUCCAUUCAGCGGUUCAUGAAGCUCGUCCGGAUGCUAUCUGCGCUGCGCAUUCGCACACUACGUAUGCUAAGGCGUUUAGCGCUCUUGGGAUACCCCUUGAUCCCCUUACUCAGGACAGCUGUGCGUUUUAUGAGGAUCAUGCUCUGUAUAGCGAAUUUCGCGGCAUCGUCGAUGACCCCGAGGAAGGUCUGGCUAUAGCCAAUGCUCUGGGUUCGAAAAAGGCUGUUAUCCUCCAGAACCACGGGAUUCUCGUUGCCACCAAGUCGAUUGAAUCUACCGUUUUCUUUUUCAUCUCGUUGGAAAAGUGCUGCAAGGUCCAAAUGGUAGUGGACCAGGCCGCCGCUGCUCGUGGACUGAAACCGCGUCUUAUUGACCCAGCAAGUGCGACCCAGACAUGCGAACGCCUUGGAUCUGAGAUGGGGGGCUGGUUUAAUGGGAUUCCCGAGUUUCAGCUCUUGGAGCACGAGGAAGGAAAGAGAUUCGAGUAUGUUCCUACACCCUAG